AAUAAUUUACCCAAACUUAAUUCCCAUAAAAGCAAGAAAGAGUGAGCUAAGAAAAAUUGCUAAUCUGUAGCAACUGAAAAAUGGAAAUGGAGGAGCAGCAAGAAAACAGCAAGAAGAGAACCCGCAAAAGAAAAACAACGUCCCUUCUCUCCCUUAACAACACUGCAACCAUCUUCCCUCUCUUACUAGCCGCAGCAACCCAGCUCUCCGAUUCUCAAAAAAACACACCCAACAAUAGUUCCAAAAUCUUAGUCAAGAAAUGCUUAACCAAAUUACACCAAUCUAUCCUUUCAAACAACCAAACAUUUCCCGUUUCUGUUCUCUCUUUGUUUCCCAUCCUCAUGAGCUCCAAGUGUGCUGGAAUUGCGUGUCGAAGUGCGGAGAUUGUUGGGUUGGCUUCACUGGUGUCAUUGGAAAUGAAUGAACUGGUUGCUUUGGAUGAGGGGAUAGUGAAAGGAUUGAUCUUGAUGUUAGGGAGUGGAAAAAGGAAAGUUUCAGUGGCUGCUUGUAAUGCCCUUUUGGAUUUGUCUUCUACUUUGAUUGGAAGACGAAGUUUAUUGGAAUUCUCAGCCUUAGAAUGGUUUAUUUUUGGAUUCCUUCAGGUUCCUGCAUCUUCAAUAUUGGUUUCUUUAUGUAAUGAAGAUGAGAGAAGUGUUGCCUGUGCCAGGAUAGCUUUUAAAGAAGAUGGACAUGCAGUGUCAAUUCUUCACGCUGCUAUUACUUUAAUUAAUACUUGCAACGUUGAGCAAUUGGAAAAGAUCCCAUGGAAGCUAUCCGAAAAAUUCUUGGUUUCUUUGAAAACAUUGUGGGAAAAGGUGCAUGAUCAGAUGUUACUUGGCAAUGCUUGGUCAUCACGUCGAGAUAGGGAUUUAAAUUUGAGCGACGUUACAGUUAACAGCCUGGCAGAAAGUAUUUUUAGGUUAUCUAUUAAUGUCAGCGAAUUUGUGAUUCCUUUGCCGUCUGUGUUAGUUGACAGAAUGAUCUUCGGUUGGAGUGAUCUAGGUUUUGAAAAUUUCAUGUUACAUCACUGGGAAUCAUCUCCUUCUCUUGUAAGAAGGCUUUCAGGGUCCUUAACUGAGGAAAAUGACAUUUUAAGCUCAUUUGCACGGUCUCUAAACUGUAAAGAACCAUGUCCUACCUUUGUUGCAUCCAUUCUUCAAAGUUUUAUUUCAUGUGUACCUAUUGCUUCAGAUGAACUGAACAUCAUAAGUUUCUUAGAGGAGGUGAGAAGUGAAUUGGGCUGUCCUAUAAUAUAUGACCAGGACAUACGGGUACUAAGAACAGAGCAGCCUUCAAAAAAAGAGGUGCAUUUCUUUCAAAAGAAAGUUGAUCCAUGCUGCUUUAAGAAACUUGCUUUCAAUAACGUGGAUAUUAUGAAAUGUGAAGAAGCAUUUAAAGAGGGCUAUACAAUCGCGCUCCGUGGUGUUGAGUUCCGCUUUGCAAGUAUUGCAGCUGUUGCAGAUGCUUUAGCAUCUUUGUUUGGUCAACCAUCAGUAGGUGCCAAUAUAUACUUGACACCACCUAAUUCUCAGGGCUUGGCUCGUCACUGUGAUGACCACUGCGUGUUUGUAUGCCAACUCUUUGGGACUAAGCAAUGGACAAUCUAUCCACGACCAAAUUUGCAGCUACCUCGCUUGUAUGAUCCUUUUGAUAGAGAACAUUGUCUUGGGGAACAGAAUUCUUUAGCUGAAUGUAGAAAGUUCCUGUUGAGGGAAGGUGACAUCUUGUAUAUUCCAAGAGGCUUUCCUCAUGAGGCAUGUACACAUGACGAUGGUUCUAGUGAUUUAGCCAGAUUUUCCUUACAUGUCACUUUUGGAGUUGAGGUGGAACCUCCAUUUGAGUGGGAGGGCUGUGCACAUGUUGCACUCCAUCGCUGGUACAAGACCCAAACACAGUUGCAUGGAGCUUCAGAUGAGCCAUUGUCUGGAACUCUGGACCUCAUGUCUGUGACUCUGUUGCAUCUAAUGAUUGAAUUAAUUGGGGCCUCUGAUUCUACCUUGCGGAAAGCUUCCUUAGUUGGUGCUCUCGUUUUGCCUUUGGAGAUUGAUGAUUGGUUAUAUUUGAACCAGAAAACCACUUUCAACCACAUAAUUGAUCAAAUUAACAAGGCCUCAAUGUUCUUGGAAGUAUUCAGUAGUGUGGAAGUAGCUAUUGUAAAAAAUGAAGAUCCCUUUCAUCGAAUGAGAUGGCUCAGGCUUCUAUAUCAGGAGACAGAAACAAUUCAAGAACAUGAUUGGAAUGUACCUCUCGGUGAAUUUCAAAAUUUAUUUCCUUCAUGUGCUCAACACAAGGACAUGACAGAAGCUGCAUUCAUGCAAGUUAAAUCUAAGUUCUGUGAUGAAGUGUUAUUUGAGGAUGUGAUUGAUAGCUAUAAACUACUACUCGAGAAGUAUAAGAAAGCCAGAAAGCAAUAUAUGAAUGGAAUGCUCUCGCUACAUUGCAGUGGAUUUCGUUGAAAAUGUUUUGUUGUAAUUAUAUAUAUAAGUAACUUUUUUUCUAUUAUU